AUGAAUCGUGACAUAGUGCUUAUUCUCACAUCAUUCUUCGUGACAUCCGUAUUUCUGAAUCUUGUGAUCCGUUCUUCCGAAGAUGCGGACAAAGCUACUCCAAAAAUGGAAGUUGUCGUAUUCCCUAUGAUCUCCAUGGCAUGUGAACCUAUUCGUUCAGGAAAGUUCACUGCAAAUUUUGAUGAGAUUAUCGAACAGAUCGAAAGUGAAACGCUUCAGACGGCACCAUUCAUUGCAGAGCAUUUGGUGCCGCCGUUCUACAACUACUGGUCAGUGUAUGUGACUUCUCCACCUUUCAACUUAUCUACAUGCUUGGUCGAAAAGACGAUGACAACACUGCGAUCAGCCAUUAUGUGUUUCCUAUCCUUCCAUGAUGAAUUCGUUGACAGAAAUCGCACUAUUAGUACAGAAUCGCAUAGCACAAGGUACUGCUACGAGGACAACACAUUCUACAAUUUUUCUGACGCUCAAGCUAGCACAAAAGGGAACCAGACGAUGUUCUCCCUGGUUCGGCACCCCAUAGAUCGAUUUCUUAGUGGAUACGUAAACAAAUGUAUUAUGGAAGCUCCUAAGGAUUAUCGAUGCUAUGGAUGUAACGAAAACCUGAACUGUUUCGUGGAACGACUGUACGAGACCUUGUGGGAGGCUUACAACUCAAAAAUGACUGAAUACGAUUUUGAUUUGGCUCAUUUCGCUCCACAGACGUGGUACUGCCAAUACCGUACUAAUUUGAACAACUACGUACUCGUCGAUUAUUCGACUGAAACAGAGGAACCGGUGCGCCAACUUGAUCUAGUGUAUGAGAGAGCAGGAGUGCCUCAGUCGUAUCGUGUCGUCAUAUCUAGCGAGAUACGAAGACAGAGGUCGAACAACUCGACAUCUCAGACGUCGGACAGAGCGAGCGUAGAGCGGCAUCCUCUAAUUGAUGAGAAGACGUCUCGUCGCCUUGUGCAGAUCUACUAUUACGAUUUUGUUGUUUUUGGUUACUCUCUUCCUACUUUCCUUUAG